AUGAGGUUCGUCCCAACGAUUUGUAUACUGCUUCUGGCGAUAUCGGUUGUUUCCGGCGGCCCGAACACCGGAAUUACUUUGCAACAAUGCAGUCCGAACACGUACCCUGACGGCGACCCUUAUGGAAUCGCCGUACAUCAAGCGCUUUAUUAUGUAGUCAAGCUCACACCCAACACUUCUCAUUACUUUCACAGUGACACCGAAAGAAGUACCAGCGGCAUCAUCGCUUUCGCUUUAGGGACUUGUGUGUUGUAUCUGUCGGCAUUUGACUGCGGGGCUUGCCUGGAAGCUGCUGCUGAAGACUGUGUUUCUCAGUGCAAUGGUCAUAUGUUCGGUACAAUUAACUUGGUCGACUGUUCCAUUCGUUAUGCACCUUUAGUAAAUUAG